AUGGCCCUUCAGCUCUCUCGUAGUCCGGUGUACAGUCUCAUCAUCUUGUCCAUUCUCUGGAUAGAGGGCAUCGCGGCCGGAAACUUCACUUUCCCCACUGAAUCUGAAAGUCGCUUUAUCGUCGGGGAUCAGGUCAACAUAACUUGGGAUGUUCUCACGCCACGGAUAUCUUUAUACGAAGAGUGUGGGACACAGCAGUGGAUUAUUGCGCGUAAGCGGUCUUAUACUGAACGGAACUGCGCACCUUAUGUCUGGUCGGCAAAUCGGGACGUCUAUAAGGAGUCCGGCUGCUACUUUGAGCUUGAGUCUUUGACUUCUGAGGGCGAACCUGACGGCCAAGACAAUGCAACUAGUGUUGUCUUUGGAGUUUCGAAGAGGUACCACGAUGAUCCGUCACCGACUUCAUACCAUUUUGCCAGUACUUCAGCCACAUCUUUGACUGGCACUUCAACCCCGGCGACAACAUCCUCAUCUGAGUCUGCAGGUGCGGUUACUGUCACGGGUGUGUCUGCUGCAAACCCAUCUACCGAAGGUAGCAGUGGCGGGCUUUCCUCGGCUGCAAAGAUCGGUAUAGGCUUAGGUAUUCCAUUGGGUUUUCUCCUAUUGGCCGUUGGCGUAGGGUCAUUCCUCUUUUUCCGACGGAGGAGAAGAUUAAGAGAAAGCGAGCCUGAUGUUGCCGAGCCGGUAUGGCAUUCUCAAAGUACCACUCCUCUACCUGGUGGUUUUGUGGAUGGAAGUAAUACUGCGAAGAAUGUGCGUGGAUCUCACACAGACACGAUCAUCUCAGAACUGUCAUCGGAGAACUACAGGUCACGGGAUGAAAGGCAGACCCAUGAGGUCAAUGAGUUGAUGGGUGUGGAGCGGAGCGAGCUGGAUUGA